ACCCGCCCCGGACCUUUGUGACGUAGGACAAUGCCUGCCACGCGUCGAAUUCGGUCCUUCCCCGAGAUCCACCAGCCGGCGGACCCGACCGAUGCGCGGUAAGGCUUGCCCUAGACCUGGGGCUUCUGCUUUGCGAACCAUGCUUUUCCUAUUCAGACUAGCGGUUUUCCUCAGCCUGUGGGGCUGUUCCAACGGUCAGGGACAAACGGAAGACGAAAGCGCGGAGGAAGUGAAAAUAGAAGUUUUGCAUCGUCCGGAAAACUGCUCCAAAACAAGCAGGAAAGGAGACUUGCUAAAUGCCCAUUACGACGGCUACUUGGCUAAAGAUGGCUCCAAAUUCUACUGCAGCCGGACACAGGAUGAAGGCCACCCCAAAUGGUUUGUUCUUGGUGUUGGGCAUGUCAUAAAGGGACUGGACAUUGCUAUGAUGGACAUGUGCCCUGGAGAGAAGAGAAAGGUGAUCAUACCUCCUUCAUUUGCAUAUGGAAACGAAGGCUAUGCAGAAGGCAAGAUUCCACCCAACGCAACACUGAUGUUUGAGAUUGAACUUUAUGCUGUGACCAAAGGACCACGGAGCAUUGAAACAUUUAAGCAAAUAGACACGGACAACGACAGGCAGCUCUCCAAAGCCGAGAUAGAGCUUUACUUACAGAAGGACUUUGAAAAGGAUGCGAAGCCCCGUGACAAGUCAUACCAGAAUGCAGUUUUGGAAGAUAUCUUUAAGAAAAAUGACCACAAUAGAGACGGCUUCAUUUCUCCCAAGGAAUAUAAUGUGCACCAACAUGAUGAGCUAUAAAUUUAUUUUACCUCUUUA